AUGGAUGGUAAGAAGGCGAAGAAGAGGACCAUUGAAGAGGUAGAAAGCAGAGGAAGAACACAACAAAAAGAAGACAACAAGGACAGUGACAUCAGGAAACAGCUACAGGUGAAGAAAAGGAAGAAAGAAGAACAUAAAGAUGAAGAAGGAAAACAACGCGCGAGUGAAGAGGAUAUUAAUGAAGAAAUCAGCGACUCUCCAGAAGAUCCAGAAGAUCCAGGUCCAUCUUUGGAUUCAUCUCUUUCGCUGGAGAGAUUUACAUUCCACCGACUGCUUGGCAAGGGUGGCUAUGGAAAGGUACGCAAUUUGUGAAAUGUCCAUUUACACAGCAGAUAUGAUUUUUUUUACAAAAGAAACAGAAUGUUUUUGGGGUGAUGUUAUUGAACACAUUAUUGAUUAAUAUAAUUCUCAAUAAUUGGUCAUAGGAUGUAAGAGUACACCCUUGUCAAAUCAUUUAAAGAUUUAUAUUUGAAAGUUUAAACAUGUGAUUUGUCUCUGAUUGAGGUCACUUAGUUUCAUCUAUUGCUGGUUUUAACUUGAAAAUAUAUUCUGUUUGCUCACCUGUAACAUUGAACUUUAUGUCAAUUUAUUUUAACAUCAAUGAGAAAAUUUACUGAAAAAUUAGAUUCAGAGAUGGUUAUAAAACCUAUUCUGUUGUUUAGAUAGGGUUAGGUGAGUAAUAACAGCAUAACCCUGUGUAACAUUACAAAUUGGACUAGCACUGGUAUAAUUAAGACCAGACCUGCCCCCCAUUCUUUCAUUUAUUGUUAUUUUUUUGUUACACGGUUUUAUUUUUAGCACAUUUUUUUAUCCAUUAUUACUUUGUGCAAAUUCUUUAACUAUUUUACUAAUAAAAUUGUAUUUAAAAUAUCUUCUGUUUAAGAAUGAUUUUUUAAUUGGUUGUAAUCUCAGUGACAUCUGCUUCCCCCCAUUUUUCAAGUCGGAGGUCCCACCUUCCCAUUUUGUAUCUAAUUUAUUUUAAGAUUAGUUCUAUGGGCAAUGCACAGUAUUGAAAAUCAAACAAGGUUAUUAUUAUUAUUAUUAUUAUUAUUAUUAUUAUUAUUAUUAUUGGCAUUUAUAUAGCGCCAACUAAUUCCGCAGCGCUUGACAAUAUUAUGAAAAGGGGGGAAAUAUACAAUAAAUGAGACAAUUACACAGUAACACAGGAACAAUUGAUAGAUGAGGGUUAAUUCACUAAACAGUUUGUAAUGUGAUGAAUUAUAAAAAUUAGCCUAAAGUAGACCUUAACCCAUUCUAGCACAAAUAAUAUUGCCUUCUCAAUUCCCAUCAACAUACUUUUUGGUGAAUAAAUUCCAUAUUCCAUAUUUCUUACAUGUUCCUCUGUUGGAUAUUUAAUUGUCAUUUAGUUAGUAGUACUGGAAAUUGAUAGUAUUUGUUGUGAUUUUUCACUGUAAUUAUGGCCAGUUUAACCCCUUAAGGACGGAGCCAAAUGUACACGUUGUGAACAAAACAAAAUGUAAACAAAACCUGGCAUUUGCGCUACAUGUCUGUCCAACCGUAAUACACCUCUUUCAUAGUAAAUGCACCCACCCUUAUUAUAUAUCAUUUUAUUCAGGGGAAACAGGGCUUUCAUUUAAUAUCAAAUAUUUAGCUAUGAAACAUAAUUUAAUGUGAAAAAAAUGGGAGAAAAUACGAUUUAUUUGGAUUUUUUUAGUUCUACAUGACAUUUUAACGGUCAGUGUCAUAAUACUGUUUGCUUUUACUGCAAUAAAAUACACAUAUUUGUAUUCAGCAAAGUCUCACGUGUAAAACAGUACCCCCUAUGUACAGGUUUUAUGGCGUUUUGGGAAGUUACAGGGUCAAAUAUAGCACGUUACAUUUGAAAUUGAAAUUCGCCAGAUUGGUUACGUUGCCUUUGAGACUGUAUAGUAGCCCAGGAAUGAAAUUUACACCCAUAAUGGCAUACCAUUUGCAAUAGUAGACAACCCAAGGUAUUGCAAAUGGGGUAUGUCCAGUCUUUUUUAGUAGCCAUUUGGUCACAAACACUGGCCAAAGUUAGCGUUAGUAUUUGUUUGUGUGUGAAAAAUGCAAAAAACGCCAAUUUUGGCCAGUGUUUGUGACUAAGUGGCUACUAAAAAAGACUGGACAUACCCCGUUUGCAAUACCUUGGGUUGUCUACUAUUGCAAAUGGUAUGCCAUCAUAGGGGUAAUUUUCAUUCUUGGGCUACCAUAGGGUCUCAAAGGCAACGUAACCAAUCUGGCGAAUUUUAAUGUGAAAAAAAUGAAACGCAAGCCUUAUAUUUGACGCUGUAACUUUUGAAAACACCAUAAAACCUGUACAUGAGGGGUACUGUUGUACUCGGGAGACUUCACUGAACACAAAUAUUUGUGUUUCAAAACAGUAAAAAGUAUCAUAGCAAUAAUAUUGUCCGUUUAAUGCUGUUUGUGCGUGAAAAAUGCAAAAAACCGUCACUUUUACUGGCGAUAUCAUCGUUGUAAUACAUUUUACUGUUUUGAAACACUAAUAUUUGUGUUCAGCGAAGUCUCCCGAGUAGAACAGUACCCCCCAUGUACAGGUUUUAUGGUGUCUCGGAAAGUUAUAGGGUUAAAUAUAGUGCUAGCAAAUUAAAUUCCCUUUACUUUCGGCAUGGGUUGUCAUGCAGGUCCUGCUAAUUGUAAUUAAUUAAGAUACCUAAUUAUGUAAAAAUAUUACAUAAAUAUAUAUGUAGAAUCAAUAUAUGUAUAUAUAUACGUAUGUGUAUAUAUAUGUAUAUAUCUAUAUAAUUUUUUUAAAAUAUUUUUAUUUAUAUAUAGGUAUAUAUAUAGUGAUAUAUACGUAUAUAUUUAUGUGUAUAAAUAUAUAUAUUAUUUCGUUCUAUGUGUAUUUUGAUAUAUAUAUAUAUAUAUUUUUCACAAUACAGUUAGAACGAAAUAACACACAUCUAUAUAUUUUUUAAUUAUUUAUUUUUAAUUAUUUUUGUAAUUUUAUUUUUUAACGUAUUUACAUUUUAAUUUUUUUUAUAAUAUAUAUAAAUAUAUAUAUAACAAUAAUUAUAUAUAUAUUUAAUCAGUAUCAGUCUACGUGUAAUUUGAUAUUAAUAUAUAUAUAUAAUUAUAUAUAUAUUAAUAGUAAAAUACACCUAGACGGUGUACAUGUGUGUAUGUAUAUGUGUAUAUAUAUACUUUGAUCAUAUAUAUAUAAUAUAUAUAUAUGAUCUAAGUAUAUAUAAUUUUAUUUUUUUACACUUUUAACUUAUUUUACUUUUAUUUUCAGCCAGCAGGGGGACCCCCUGUAAUUACAGGCAGCCCCCCUGCUGGCAAUACAGAAGCCAGCUAUACCCGGCCAUGUGAUUGUGGGGUCCUCGCUAGGACCCCACUCUCACACGGCCGGGGGGCUUCCUGGAGGACGGUCGUGCCGCGGGGGGCUCCCUGGGAGUCCCCCCCACCGCGAUCGCCGGCGUGGGACCGCCGGCGACCGGGUAAGUACAGAAAGACCGGAGGGCGUACUAUUACGCCCGGCGGCGUUUAGAGCCGCCUAUUAGAGGACGUAAUAGUACGCCCUGCGGUCUUAAGGGGUUAAUCCACUCCAACUGUCACUACAAUUGCUACUUCCUGGUCACAUGACCUGAUAGGAAUGAUGGACAUUCUCAAAGCUUUAGUAGGAUAGCGAGAGAUACAUUUCUACUAAAUGUCAAUGGAAACUGUAUCACAGUCUAUUGUUAUGAAAACUGAAUUAUUUCUACUUAAGAAAACAUAUACAAUGCUUAUGUUUCAUGGAUUGUAUAAAUAGAAGUGCGAUAGAGGAUCUUUUCACAUUUUGAAGAUUUAAUAAAGCUUUAUAGAAUAUACUUCCUUACAUACUACAAUACACAGGAAGUUACUGUGUUAAUUAUGUAAUUGUACAAUGGGUCACCCAGUUAAUACUGUAUCAUGUAAAUCAUUUCGGUCUCUGUUAAGAACCAAUGCACUGGAUUCUCUUUUUGUUUGUGCUAUUGUUUGUGCUGUUAUUUGUAUUUUUGCAGUGUAUUUUCUAAAGCUCAUGUGUGCUACUAUAAUAAAAAUAUUCUGUUCAAGUACAGCAAUAUUCUACGUGUGUGUAUAUAUAUAUAUAUAUAUAUAUAUAUAUAUAUAUAUAUAAAUUUACUUUUAAGGGAUUCUGAGGGAAGUGUGGACAAGUACGGUCAAUAGCCCACACAGCAAGGUGUUGCAAAGAAUCACCGAUGGCCCCUGACGCGCGCGUUUCGCCCACAACUCAUCAGAGGGGACUCUUUUGAAAUUUACUUUCCAUUUUUAUAUUUAGAUCUCAAUACGUUACCAAUAAGCUGUAUCUAUUUUUAAUCUCUAAUAGGUACCAUUACUUUAGUGUUGCAAUCCUCAUAUCAUAUUAUAUUGCAACCAUUUGCACAUUGAGUAUCACCACUCAUUAUUCUUUGCUAAACCUAGCUAUUUAUAUCAACUUUUAACUUAUUCAUUAAAAGUUAAUUUUUUAAAAUUUUCCUCAGGGCACUCAACUGUUCUUUUUUUGUUAUUACUACCUUGGUAGUUUAUUGUGGGUUAACCUCACUAUGAGUGUUUUCCCUAUAGCUUCCAUCCCCCUUUUUCUCUUCUAUAUAUAUAUAUAUAUUGCACUCCCUGGUCGUAUUAAUUUGCAAACUUUAUUCACCAAUGUUCAGUAACUUUACUGUAUCAUCAAUGUUUCGGUCCUCAUCCGGACUAGGACUGAAACGUUGAUGAUACUGUGAAGUUACUUAACAUUGGUUAAUAAAGUUUGCAAAUUAAGAAGACCAGUGAGUGCCCUUCUAUGAGUGAGUGGAUUUGUGAGUGGUCCGACGUCAUAAUUCGGCUCCUGGCAUCACUAAGCAGUGCGAGGGAGCUGAGCAGUAAGAGCUCAGGCAACAGCACUCCCUCGCCACAAGCCCGUAAUAGAAGCUACCGCCCGCCUUGUGGGGGGCCCAAAGGUGGACAGCCGGCCAGGUCUUGGGCCCCCCAGGACACGAGGCUAACAAGGCAGUGCCGCCCAAAGAAAAUCCCAGUGACCUAUGGUAGCGUGCCCACAGAGAGGGCUCAGCGUGCCAUCUGUGGCACGCUUGCCAUAGGUUUGCCUUCGCUGCUAUACAUUAUAAGUGGUGCCAAUGGUUUAGAUAUACCAUUAGAAUGCUAAUCUGAUACAUAAGAUUCAAUCAGCCAUAUCUGGUACAGACUUCAGUAAAUAAACAGGACAGGGAUUGGAUUUGUGCACUACUCUGUUGUGUUUUUGAUCAAGUUAGGUGUAAUGAGACCAUAGGGCAUAUUAAAGAUAGUUUAAAGGAGAAAGGCUAAAAAACAAAAUAAUAAUAUAUUUUACACGAUAUGUCUGUGAUAUAAUAACCACACAGUAGGUUUCUUAAAGGGAAACUAUAGUGCCAGGAAAUCAAAGUUGUUCUCCUGGUACCAUAGCUCCCCCCUGCCUCACAGCCCUCACCCCCGUGCUGCAGAAGGAGUUAAAUCCCUACUGUCACAAUGUCGGUGCUGGUUUGGGUUUGCCUCUGCUCCUCCCCUGCUGGCGUCAUCUGGCAGGGGAGACCUAAUGCGUAUGCACAGCAAUGGCCAUGCCUGCAUUAGUAUUUCUACCAUAGGGGGUUUAACAUGACACUGGAUGUCCUCAUUCAUAGCCUGAGGACGUCCAGCGUCAGUUAGGUGACCAAAAGUCACCUAAGGACCCGAAAGUCCCUCUAGUGGCUGUUUGGUAGACAAUCACUAGAGUUGGAGUUUACCUUCAAAGGUAAUUAUUGUAGUUUAUUAAAGAAUAAAAUAAUUACCUUUGCAGGGUCAAGGGUCCUGGAACUAUGCACCCAAAUCACUUCAAUGAGCUGAACUGGUCAGGGUGCCUAUAGUGUCCCUUUAGGUAAAUAUAGCUUGCUACAUUUAAAACAUUUGUGUCAGUUUUCCUUUAACUACAUCAUGCUAAUAGAUAUGUUAGCACACAAGGAUUGACACAAAAUUCUGAAAGCCUCUUUAUUUAUGUGUCAUCCAGGUCUUCCUGGCAUCGGACAAAACAACGAAGAAGGUGGUGGCUUUGAAAAUAGUGAGGAAGAAAGACCUUCUCACUGAAGCCUCAGACAGGACACUCACUGAACGUCGAGUGCUGGAGAUGGCAGCCGGAAGUCCUUACCUAACCAAAGCCUAUGGAGCGUUUCAGAUCCCGGUAAUUCCUUAAUGGUCAUAAAUCAACUUUCCAUUAACAAACCAACCAGCAAUAUAUCUGCAGAUGUUUGCUUUAAAUUUUCUGUGGCAAAUUGGUUUCUAACCAAUAUAUACCAAAGAAAAAAGUUACUUGAGCACUAUGCCUAUUAUAAACUCUCUUAUAAAACCUCUUGUGUGAAUCCUACACUAAAAAUUCACCUUCCUGUCUUCAACUAACAGGUAGAAAUCUCUAAUGAGACAAAAAAAAUUAUUUUUCCAAAGCCUUUUGAGUGAUACUAAAAACUUCCAGUUAUUUAAAUGUCCACAGGGAUUUGGGAUAGUGAGCAAGUAACUUUUUUGCUUUGUGUUUUUAUUGUAUGUAUUGGGGCUGAUGUGUACCAUAGUCAUUGCUGCUGCCAGGAGUAGUGGGUGUUUAAGCACAGGACUUGAUUUUGUAUAGUUUCUAACCCAGAUAAAGAGUAGUUGGCCAAAAAAUCCAAGGGAACAGAACAGGGGGUAACCUUAAUAGAAUUGGUCGCAAAGAGAAGAAGAAGAAAUCUGUCCCUAAAAAAAUAUAUAGAUAAGGGUAAUAAUUUUAAAAUCUCAAAAAUACUUUAUUAAACAGAAAAGACUCACAUAUACUGUACAAAACAAACCCUGACAGUAGCUACCUGACUCAAAAUUGUGAGUUAAUUACAGUAGUCUACGUAAGGAACACAGAUAAAGGGAAAGGAAAGUGAGAAAUGACACACAAAAGUGAGAAAAUUCAAUUAACUGAGCUGGCACAAAUAGAUAUAUCAAUAUCUAGCUAGUAUCCUUAAUCAUAAGAUCAGCCGGAACUCAGUAUAUAAUUGUCACGUAUAUAGAGAGAGAAUAAAUUGGCACAAAGUAUCGAAAAAGCCCCUUGAAAGGUAACUACUUAGCAGUAAUAGAUAUCAAUGCAGCAGUGUUUCAGGAAUGUGUCUGAUACUCAGCUCUUUGUAUAUUCCACGCAACUAUCAAAUGACAAUGUGCACCGGUGUAUCGAGAGUGCAUUGAAUAUAUGUAGCGAUAUAAUUGAAUUGUGCGCUCAACAAGUUACCUAAGGUAUCAGUGAUCAAAGGCACUUCGUUACAGUUGGUUCCUUUAACAGAGCAUCAUUUUUUUUCCCCACAGAUAUAGGAUUUAGCAAAGUACGGGAAAUGAUGUUUUAACAAGUUUUCUUUUUGCUGUUUAAGUGUUUGUGUUGUGAAGUAUAUCCCAUUGUAUUUUAUUGUCAACCAGACCCAUCUAUGCUACGUGUUGGAGUAUCUGCAUGGUGGUGAUCUUGACAGCUUCCUGAAAAGAAACAUCAGACUGGAACCUUGCAUUGCAAUGUAAGUCUUAAAGUACAAUGCUUAAAAUGGAGACCAGACGAGGAGAGGGGAAAUAUGGGUCAGAGCAAUGAGAAGAUUUAACAGGAAGAAGUAUGACAAGGGCUGAGGAAAGAGUCACAUUUAAAGAAUUGUUUUGGAAAAGAGGGUUGGUAAAAGAACCCUAAAGUUUUAAAUAAAAUUCUAAUAGUUUUAAUAAUGACCAAAUCACCCAACAUAAACAUUUACAGAUUAAAAAUAUCAUUAAAGUUUAUGGAACAAUGUUAAAUAAUGUUUUUCUAUUAAAAGAACAGAAGUAUAAUUCUCAAUAUAGAGCCACUGUAUAUAUUGACAAGAGGAUUGGAAAGGAAUUAAUUUGGGUGGGAGUAAAAGGAGACAGUUACUAAUAAAGAAUAUACAGCUGCCCACCACCACGUUUUCUACUAUUAGCAUUGUUUGGUAGACACUGGUGAAUGCCAUAGAUAAAUAAUUUAGAAAAAUUAGGAACCUCAGUGAGUCUGAAACAUAUAUACAUACAAUAAAUAUACACUGAAUAUAAAUAUUCUACACCAUGCUAACGCAAUAUGAAUCCAUGUUUGCAUGAUGAUGUAGAAACGUGUGGGCACAUACACCUAGUGUUUCUAAGAAACAAGCAUAAUAUGUAUAACAAAGAGUGUCGGUGUAUAAAAACAACGACACGUAAAAAAGGAGGAAAGGGUAGAAAGAGUGAAGGCAUGUUACUGAAGUAUCUCAGCUAAAGCAUAUCUGUACAUGAGUCCAAGCAAUCAUCAAACGUAGAAGCCGAGAAUCGACAAAUACGAGGAGAUGCAGGAGAUAGAGAACUGUGUUCUGUUGUGUGUGAUUGAAGUUUCUAAGGGUAAACAGUGAAACCACCGUGUGUGCUGCAUGCAACCAGUGAUCAACAUGUGAAAUUAGAGCAAGUAUACCAGUGUGUGAGUUCCUACAGUGAUAGACAAUAGAGAGUGAGAAAGAAAAGCUGGUGAAGAAAAAAAACUGUAAUUAGAGGCAGAUCAAAGAUAUAGAUAUACCGAGGAGCUCAAAAUAGACAAAAACUACUGCAACUGGUGCUAAAUAGAUUCAUAACAUAAAAUACUGAUUUUACACAUAGCACUAGGCAAGAAUAUGAACAACAGAUAAGCACAAGACAUUUUGCACACAACCGAACAUGUAAGAGCUAUGGAAAUGGAUGGAAAAUGGCCACAAUGAGUAACAGCAAAUAUAAAGGAAGCUAGUCAAUAAAAGGAAUAAGAACAUGCCUGCUAUGUAUGGUAUAGAUGUCCUAACAAGAUAUACAAUUGUUAUACAGAGAAAUAUGAUGGUAGAAACAUAUUUGAAAAUAAAAAGUAUUCACCAGUAAUACUAGAAAAAGUAUAUGUGACAGUAAGAAAAGUGAAAACUGUAGGCAGGAGAUAUAUAUAUAUAUAAAUUAUUACAGUGGAUUUUCCCUAGGUCAGCUCAUUUAGGAAGAUCUCAUUUUAAGAAGUAAGUUCAUUUUAUAUUAAAUACUUUGUUGAUUAAUAUUUGAAUUCUUGUUUAUCAGAUUCCUUGCUGCGGAGAUUGCGUGUGGACUCCAAUAUCUCCACCAACACGACAUUGUGCAUCGGUAAACACAUCUUUGUUAAACGAUAUAUUAAUAAGCUUGCUCUCUCUACGCUGUGCUGUCCUUUUUUUAUCAAUAUUGUUUAGCUACAUUUUUACCUUUCUCUCAGGUGAGUUAAGAUUUUUUUGCUCAUACACUUCAGCUGUAAGAGGGCAUUUUACAAACCGUUUCAACUUAAUACUAAGAAGAGGCUUUUUACUUACGUUUGAGAAAAAAAAUGUACUCGUGUUGGGCAGAGCAGAAAAAAGGAAGGGCAGGAUAAGAAAGAGAGAAGCAGAAUGGUCAUUUCUAGUCCAACUGAUUAAGAGAAAUGUAGAAAACUGCAUUAAUUAAAACUAAAUUACAAAAUCCUUUUUUAAAUUGUCUCCUAAAUUCAGGUAUAAGUAGCCUGUUUCAUUUCUCUGUGAAUUGAUGGGGCAUUAUUUCAUUGAUUGGCUAUGGCUCAUAAAUAGAUUUGUACAUAGUUCCAGAAUUUACUAUUAGUAAGCCAUGUAAACAACCUGUUUCAUGACAGAUCUUCAAUAAACUAUAAAUCUUAUGAUAUUUCUCUCUAAAGAGACAUAAAGCCAAGGAACAUAAUGCUGGAUGAAGCGGGUCACAUCAGGAUAGGCGACUUUGGACUGGCGCUGGAGAUGCACGGCAAGAGGACAGCAAAGGGUUACGCAGGCACUGUAGAUUAUAUGGCUCCAGAGGUAGGAUAGACCAUGGCUACUGUUUGGGUUUGAGGCUACAUGACUUGAUCAUAUUACAUCUCACCAAGAGCAACAAUCACUCUGUAGCUAAACAGAUCUUUAUAGCUAUGAAGAUGAAGAACUAGAAUUCAACAUUUUAUCAAUGUUCAUGUUAUUUUCCUCUGCAAUAAGGUAUUAUGGUUGAUAUUAUAAUAAGCAUGGGUUAACAUCUUUAUUUAUUAUGGCUGAUGGCAACAGUGCUUGGCUAGGUCCUCUAAACUUUAAAGCCAAUUCUUAAAAAUUGAAAAACACCUUCAGUGAUUGUCUAUACUGUCCCAACCAGUCAUAUUGCUCCGAAUCAUUGCACAUUUGUAGUGAAAUAUAUAUUUUUUAUAAGUUGCCUAUUUUAAUAGGCAGACGAUGAGAACAGCAUUAUAUUUGACAGUAAUACUUUCUUUCCUGUAAGGAAACACUUGACUAAUCAUUUCUGAAAUUAUGUUGGCAGAUGCGGAAAGGAAGAAAAUAUAAUGCUGCAGUAGAUUGGUGGGCCUAUGGUCUAAUCCUUCAUAAGCUGGCCAAGAGAGCAUUUCCAAAAAAUCCAAAUGCUGCCCAAACAAUGCUUCAUGACACCACAGACCACCCUGAGUGUCAAAGAAAACAGGUCAAAGAUCUUGUGAAAAAGGUGUGUAUGAUCCGGCAGUCUAGAUUAAUGUCCUGAAAAAGAAAACACUUCUAUGAAAAACUUACUCUUUGCACAGCUAAAAAAAAGAGAACAUUUAUUUAUAGAAAACUAUUAACAAAGAGUGACACGGAAUGCCCAUAAAUGACAAUGGUGUCUAUAUAUGGUAAUAUCAAAAAAAAGAUAAAAGAUAUAUCAAUUCAGUCAACUGCUUAUAGCUCAUACCAGCAGUCCAUAGCUGGGAAGAUUCCUUAUAGUCAUAUAAGACAGGAUAAUAUUUAAGGAGGGGAUUUCAGGGAAUGAAAUUUAUACACAACUAAACAAUCAAGAACACAGUGAUAAAAUGACUAAAAUUAGAGAAAAUCGGGAACUGAUUCUGGGUUAGGCAGUGUCUCCUAUUUAGAGCAGGAGAACCUUAAACACUGCAUUCAACAUAUGAAGUCGAGUGGAGAUAAAAGCGAGUGUACUAGUAAUAAUCGUGAACCUUUGAUUCUUAGAAUGUCCCUUUAACCUUGUGAUACUGCAUACAGAUUUACAGAUAUCUAUAUUGUGUUUGCAUGUGUUUUAGUCAAUGAACAAAGGCAGUGGCAGUUUUACUGUUGACAUCCUACUCUUCCAUUUGCAGCUCCUGUGCAAAAAUCCAUCUCAGCGCUUGGGGGCAGCUAGCAGCAUCCGAUUCCAUCCUUUCUUCCAGUCCAUUGACUGGGAUGAGCUGGAGGCUGGCAGGCUAGAUCCCCCCUUUGUGCUAAGAACCGUAAGUAUACGGAAACUUCAAAUAUAGACCAGAAAAAUCAAUGUAACAAAAUGAGAGACUAGUUUAUGAAAAGAUAAGAGGGACGAUCAAAGUUCAAAUAUGGUGUGACAGUGGAUUACUGGUUGUUAUUGGGACUUCGUAUAUCUGAGUAUUUUAGGGUAAUUAGCCCAGAAACACAAAAUAUCUAAACUUGGCAGCACUGCAAGCUCUAAAGUGUCCUCUCAAGCCAUAUCCAUACACCUCUGCCCCGUCCCUAACCAAACAGCUGUGCCUGUCCCUUUGUACCCAACUAUCUUGAAAAACCUCAAAGGAAAGCACGGUGUGGAAGGUCUAAUGCAGGGGUGGCGCUCACCGUGAAUCCACAUUAGGUUCCCAGAUCACACUGAGGUUGAAGAAAGAGGAGCCCAAUCCAGAACCCAGGGACCCUAGCGCUGGAAUCAGGUAAGUGGAAUCAGGUAAGCCUUUCAUGGCUUUUCAUGACUGUAGUGUUAGGAAAACAGUUUUGCAUUCCUAACACUAUAGUGUUCCUUGAAGCAAUCUAGCCUUUAAUUUUUCCUUUUGUUCGUUGCCACUAUGGCUAGAACACUGUGAUAAUAGGAAAAUUACACCAUUUUAUACAUAUAGCUUUUGGCAUUCUGCAAUCUCCCCCCGCCAUCUUUUACAUCCAUAUUGGUGUUCUUAUACUGCUUUCUAGGAAUGGUAACACUUAUUGGAUGUGUUCUUGUACAAUGUGUAAAUACUACAGUAACUUCUUAUGUCUUCUCUUUAUAGCCACCACUGGAGAGCUUAAUAUCACGAGUAAUACAGGAGACCCUAACAUCUCGAUACGAAGCAUUUACGCCAUCUAUUCCACCAGAGCAGCAGCAGUUUCUUGGAUUUUCUUUUAACACCCUCUCCUAG